CUACAGCUCCAUAGCCCAUAGGCCAUAGAUCUAUGUACAGCCCACAGACAGCGUUGCAUGUUUUACACUUUGCAGCAAGCAACUAAAGACUAAAAAGACUCUCAAUUCCGAUUGUUCCGAAUACCGAAUACACUGUUAACUGUCUACUGUAUAAGGUCUAUAUUAUACUGUAUAUAUUAUGUUUGAACUGCAUACUUGCAUAGUGCAUACUGCAUUGAUGCACACGGACUACUAAAUCGGAAGACCAUUGACCAUAUUACUACAACAAUAUUAAUAACAAUAAAAAUAAUAUUUGGAUUUUUGGACGUAAGUACGUAACUGCAACCUGGAUUAUUAAAAUAUUUUAUUCUGUGCCUGGGGUGUCGUAAAUCUUGAACUUCCGCAUCGAUUGUGUCUGUCAAUAAUGGAUAAGACUAUGGAGAGGAAGUUUUUGAAGACCACUGUUGCCGGAAUAUUGAUGGAAAAUGGGUUUCAAGCGGCAGAACCAGGCGCCAUGGAGACCCUCGUCGAAAUGCUCUUUAGUGUGCUAUCCCAAAUGGGAAAUAGUAGCCGUCGUUAUGCAGAAGUAGCUGGGCGUCUCGAGCCUCUCGGUGCCGAUGUUAUGAUGGGCCUAAUUGACAUGGGUAUGUUCAAAAAUGCGUCCAGCCUAUUAGCUUAUGCCAAAAGAUCAAAUCGAGCUGUUCUCCCUAGCCCUGUACCAUCUGUACAGCCCCGCCAAACAAGUAACCUACAAGCGGGGACAAGACUGCCUCAUCCAUCAUAUAUGCCAAGUUAUAUGCCAGCUUUUCCAGAUCCGCAUGCAUACAUAAGGACCCCAACACACAAACAACCAGUAACUGAAUAUGAAGCAAUCAGAGAAAAAUCUGCAAUUCAAAAGCAUGAACUUGAAAAAUCAUUAAUUAAGUUUUUAAUAAAAACUGGCCCUACUGAGAGUUUAUUUUUGAACCAAGAAAAUGAUUGUUUUGCUUUGAUAGCCAAUAAGCCACAACAACCCGCAUACUUCUCAGCAUUGUUACCUCAAGAUCAAGUAUUUGAUGAGGAUCCCGAUGAAACUGAAAUACCAGUACCUACUAAAAAAAUUAAGUUAAAAAAAGAUAUUCAGAUAAAAGAAGAAUUUGAUGAAAAUGAAGAACUAGAAAAUGAAAAUGAAGAAGAAGAAGAUAUAAACAAUGGUGAUGAAACUGAAUCAAAACCAGAAGAACCCAUUGACAAUCCUUUCUUGAGACCUGUUAAGUAUCCGGCCGCCCCUUAAAAUUGUUCUACUGGUCAUAUAACAUAUUUAUAAAAAAUUACUUUGAAUCAAAAAAUAUUUUUUUUAAACCGAAUAUAAGAUCAGUCUCAGAUUAUUGUACAUUCUGUAUUUCUGUCACAUAUUGUUAUUUAAAGUAAAAUAUUAUGUCCCAUGAAUUACGUCGGUAUCUUGCGUUUAAACUUAAGAGGACGUUACACCUGCAUGCAUUGUCUCCGUCUUACAAAUACAACAUAGCAAAACUGUAAAAAACUGCAAAACAUAUGAUAUGAACUCCCUCUAUAUUCAUAGUAAAUUAACCAAAACUUGACAAUGCAUAGGAAAGAACUUUAUUUGUAUUUAUUUAUACUAUCCAAAUAAUAAAACGUUGUGAAAUUUUAAUUCUACUAUAAAUACAGAAGGCGCAUAAUUGUCCCACACUUACAGUUUUUGCUAUGUUGUACAUUUGUAAGACGGAAACAAUGCAUGCGGGGAUAGCGUUCUCUGAAACCUAAUUAUUUAUUAUAUUUUAUAUCAAAUGAAAAGGCUGGGCAAUGAGUUAAGAAUUAAAGUUAAGUUAUAAUUAGUUAAUUUACAUAAUGAUGAAUACCUAUUACCUAAUGAGUUACUUUAUUUCCCAAAGUGAUUUUAUAACUUAACAAGUUAAAUUUUAUUUUAAAAUUGUUGUAAUAUAUGGAGUAAUUAUUUA